AUGAAGAUGAAGACGAGCUCCUCCCGCGGAGCAGGUCUCAGGUUCUCAGUGUCUCUCUCUGAAGGUCUGACUCUGGACAGUGAUGGAGAAGCAGAGCCUCUCACACAGCCACAGACACGACUAACCCGAGCAGCAGACAGACAGACAGACAGACAGCAGGUUUAUCUGAGGAGAGCCGAGGGAGCUGUGCUCGUGUCAGGAUGGGAUGCGCGAUCUCUGGAUCCGGAGUGACUCCGAGAACACCAGAGAACAGAAACAGCGAGGAUAUAUCUCCAGCGAGACUCACUCCGGAUCACAUCCGGCUCAUCAAAGAGUCCUGGAGAGUCAUCCAGGAGGACAUCGCUAAAGUGGGAAUAAUCAUGUUUGUCCGGUUGUUUGAGACGCACCCCGAGUGUAAAGACGUCUUCUUCCUGUUUCGGGACGUGAAGGAUCUGGAGAGUUUACACACGAGCAGAGAGCUCCGCGCCCACGGCCUGCGCGUGAUGUCGUUCAUCGAGAAGAGCGUGGCCAGACUCGAUCAGCUGGAGCAGUUAGAGACUCUGGCGCGGGAACUCGGAAAGAGCCACUUCCGCUACAACGCUCCGCCCAAGUACUACGGGUAUGUGGGAGCGGAGUUCAUCUGCGCGGUUCGGCCGGUUCUGAAGGACCGAUGGACGUCUGAGCUGGAGCAGGCCUGGCAGACGCUGUUCCAGUACGUGACGGCGAUCAUGAAGGACUCUUAUCUGGAAGAAGAGCGCAGUCACACGCUGAGCUCCAGCAGAGAGCGGCCGGACAAGAGAAGCACCGCCAUCUGAGAUUCGUUUUCUACAGCGCACAAGUCUCUUCUGAAGCUCUCUGGGAUCCAAACAGUGAAUAAACCUCGUCUCUUAUUUGCAAAUCUACAAGAGCGAGUGGUUUAGUUCAAAAACUCCCAUCUUUCAAACUUGGCACUGGUGCGUGUCAGAGGUCAGAGGUCAGAGGUCAUGACUGCGUGGCUUUCGUUUUCUUUCUUUUACUCUUUUUGUCUUUCUUUUUCAAGCCGUCCGUGUGAAGUUUGAAUACGCCUGGAACACACACGUCUCACUUCAGCGCAGGAAAGACAUGUUACAGACCAUAAAUACAGACUGAUGUCAAAUAAAACUGUAUCUGGGGGUUCGAGUCUUAAAUAAUAAAGUAAUAUCACAAAUCAC